AUGAGUUACAGCCGCCCUUCUCCCAACGCGGACGGCAUGAUCUCCCCCAAGGUGGACAAUCUGACCUAUCGCACCUCACCCAACACCCUGAGGCGCGUCUUUGAGAAGUCUGGGCGCGUUGGCGACGUGUACAUCCCGUGGGACCGCUUCACCGAAGAGCCCCGUGGCUUUGCUGUCGUUCGCUUCCACGACAAGCGCCACGCCGAGGACGCCAUGGAUGCCCUCGACGGGAUCGUGCUGGAUGCAGGAGCUGAUCUUGACCUCAGCGUCGAUCUCCCUUCAGCCAUGCGAAGUCUCCAUCUUGCUCUGAUGAUAGAUCUCCAUCAACCUCUAGGUCCAGAUCUACUCGAAGUUCCAAGUCCAAGUCCCCCUCUGGGUCCAGAUCUUCCUCAGCAACCACGUCCAGGUCUAGAUCCAUAA